ACUAUGGCGACCACGGCGGAGCAGUGGGUGUUGGUGGAGAUGGUACAGGCGCUCUAUGAGGCUCCUGCUUACCAUCUUAUUUUGGAAGGAAUUCUAAUACUCUGGAUAAUCAGACUCCUUUUCUCUAAAACUUACAAAUUACAAGAACGAUCCGAUCUUACGGUCAAGGAAAAGGAAGAACUGAUUGAAGAGUGGCAACCAGAACCUCUCGUUCCUCCUGUCCCAAAAGACCAUCCCGCUCUCAACUAUAAUAUAGUUUCAGGCCCUCCAAGCCACAACAUUGUAGUGAAUGGAAAGGAAUGUAUAAACUUUGCUUCAUUUAAUUUUCUUGGAUUGUUGGAUAACCCUAGGGUUAAGGCCGCAGCUUUAGCAUCUCUGAAGAAGUACGGUGUGGGGACUUGUGGACCUAGAGGAUUUUAUGGCACGUUUGAUGUUCAUUUGGAUUUGGAAGACCGCCUGGCGAAAUUUAUGAAGACAGAAGAAGCCAUUAUAUACUCAUAUGGAUUUGCCACCAUAGCCAGUGCUAUUCCUGCUUACUCCAAGAGAGGGGACAUUGUGUUUGUAGAUAAAGCUGCUUGCUUUGCUAUUCAGAAAGGAUUACAGGCAUCACGUAGUGACAUUAAGUUAUUUAAGCAUAAUGAUAUGGCUGACCUGGAGCGACUACUAAAAGAACAAGAGGUUGAAGAUCAAAAGAAUCCCCGCAAGGCUCGUGUAACUCGACGUUUCAUUGUGGUAGAAGGAUUAUAUAUGAAUACUGGAACUAUUUGUCCUCUUCCAGAAUUGGUUAAAUUAAAAUACAAAUACAAAGCAAGAAUCUUUCUAGAGGAAAGCCUUUCAUUUGGAGUCCUAGGGGAGCAUGGCCGAGGAGUCACGGAACACUAUGGAAUCAGUAUUGAUGAUAUUGAUCUUAUCAGUGCCAACAUGGAGAACUCACUUGCUUCUAUUGGAGGUUUCUGCUGUGGCAGAUCUUUUGUAAUUGACCAUCAGCGACUUUCCGGCCAGGGAUACUGCUUUUCUGCUUCGCUACCUCCCCUGUUAGCUGCUGCAGCAAUUGAGGCCCUCAACAUCAUGGAAGAGAAUCCAGGUAUUUUUGCAGUGUUGAAGGAAAAGUGCACGCAAAUUCAUAAAGCUUUACAAGGCAUCUCUGGAUUGAAAGUGGUGGGGGAGUCCUUCUCCCCAGCCUUUCACCUGCAGCUGGAAGACAGCACCGGGUCUCGAGAGCAAGACGUGAAACUGCUUCAGGAAAUUGUGGAUCAGUGCAUGAACAGAAAUAUUGCCUUGACUCAGGCGCGCUACUUAGAGAAAGAAGAGAAGUGCCUCCCUCCUCCCAGCAUUAGGGUUGUGGUCACAGUGGAACAAACAGAAGAAGAACUGGAGAGAGCUGCGUCCACCAUCAAGGAGGUGACCCAGGCUGUCCUGCUCUAGGCUGAGUCCCAGGACUGCGACCUCCUGCCACACGACAUGCAGACCUCCUGCCGGCCAGGAAGUGGCCUGGAAGAGAGUGCAGGCACAUGGAUAUUCGAUGGCAUCGGUACCAGUGGUGUGGAUGUGGACCAAAUGUGUGACCAGGAGAAGGAUGCUUGUUAUUUUUAAAAAGAAAACACAUCUAAAAGCCCAGGAACUGAUCUUUUAAAGAGGAAAACUAAUGACAGUGUAACUGGUAUUUAAAUUGUAUGUUUAGUACUAUUUAAAUGUUUUAUUAUACUAGUAUUUUAUAUUCUUUAUUGUUGUCAUUUAAAACUGGAGUUUGUUUCUCUUUUCUCCCUUCCAAUAGAACGAUCUGUGAGCACUCCGUAAUCCCUUGAUAUUUCAUAGAAAAGCGACUUAGCAGCAUAGAGCUGAGAGGACACUCCAGCACACACGACACACAUUUGUCACUUAAGAUCUCCUUCAGCCACAUCUUUUCCAGUCAUCAUCGUGUGAAGCUAACUGGGACUAAAAGGGACAGUUUCCGUGUGAUUACUAUAAACUUUUCACUAUAUUUGAAUCCUAGAAUUUUUAUAUACACUAAAUAUUGAUGUUACACCGUUUCUAACAUGAGCAUCUCUAAUCAGAGAAUUGUUUCUAAAUGAACAAUAAUUUAAAUCAAAUACUAUUUUAUUUUAAUAUAAUUGACCUUUACAUUUAUUAUGUGUUGACUUCUAGUCUUUUAGGAAGGGGUUGGUUAUUAUGUGGAUCCCAAAAUAUAAAUCAUGUCCUUCACAUUUUAGAAUAUCUCAAAUGAAUUCCUUUUUUGUAUGGUGGGUUUGCCUACAGACAUAUAACUGCAGGCUUUUCCUAACCUAAGAAAAAUGAGAAUUAUUUUUCUUUUCAGCUUAUGAAUUCCAAUAUCUAAAAAGUAUGUGAAAGCACUAAAAAUAAAAAUUUUAAGCUGUACUUUACCUGUUUUUUUCUUUAGCAAACCAAGUUAAGUGGUGUGAAGGUUUGUGGUAUGUGCCACAAAGUAACACCAUUAUUCCCUCUCUCAUUAAAGGUAAAGGAAUAAAAUUAUUUUAAAAGUGUCAUUUUAAUAAUCUAUGUUCAUAUUAACAAAUGUCUUCAACGUCUUUUUAAAUAACAUGUAUUUUUUUAAUGAUCAGUUUCUAUUUUUCUUGAGGUAUUUCGUACAUAUAUAUGUGCCUUGUGAUUGCUGCUGCUCUAAAGGAUACAGUAGUCUUUGGGGGUAAAUCUGUUCUGUUUUGUUUUUUAAUGGAAUAAACCUGCGUUCCUGAUGAUCAGUCUGUU